AUGGGGCGCCGGGCACGCUCCCGCCCCGCUCCCUUCGCAGCGCUCGUCCCCACCCGCCCCACGGCGUCCCCGGACGACCCUCUGCGCGCAGAUCACUCGACGAAGGAGCCGGUGGAAGACACGGACCCCAGCACCCUGUCCUGCAACACGCCAGACAGAUGCGCCGUCCAGGACACGGGACUGCCCAGAGCUGUGUACCGCCAGCAGGACUGCUCUGCCUUGUGUUUGAUUCCUCGCCCAGUGCCUGGUCCCGCCGAGGACGACGAUACCGUGCCUUCGACCUGCCCACCGCGUCCGGACGUGCCGCAUCAGGGAGAAGAAAACGGCUUUCUGGACAGUGCGGGAGCUCCCCUUCCAGAUACCCGCACGGACGGGUCCAGCCUACACAACGACACCUGCCCCUCCUGCCCGCUGCGCGCCCCCACCAUAAGCGACCUGCUCAACGACCAGGACUUGCUGGACGCCAUCCGGAUCAAGCUGGACCCGUGCCACCCGACGGUGAAGAACUGGCGGAACUUCGCGAGCAGGUGGGGCAUGCCCUAUGACGAGCUGUGCUUCCUGGAGCAGCGGCCGCAGAGCCCCACCCUGGAGCUCCUUCUGCGCAACAGCCAGCGGCCGGUGGGCCAGCUGCUCGACCUGUGCCGGCUCUACCGCAGGGCCGACGUGGAGAGGUUGCUGCGCCGUUGGCUGACGGAGGAGUGGCCCAGGAGGGGCCUCGCGGGCGGCACCCCGCCCUUCUAGAGCCGUCAGCUGGCCCGGCCUUGCAGGCCCCGCCUGGGAGGCGCGUGGACGUUCAGGACGCGGGCGUUGUUGGCGGGCCGUGGCUUCCCCCACACUGGGGGCUUUGAGGAGGCAGGUUUGGUCUCGGUGGUGGAUACACGUUUACUUCUGCACAUCUGUUUAAUAUUUGAAGCUGGGACUGGGAAAAUGUAUUUCGUAGGCACAUACAGGGACCAAAGCCUACAGUCAGAAUGGAUCCCCGCCAUGCAGAGAACAGAAGGAACCUCCCCUUGGUCCCUGGGGGGUUCCUGUGGGACCUAAGGCUGUUCCGGCCCAAACACGGAGCUCAUCACCCCUGAGUCCUCCUGGCUUAGAAGGAAACGGCGAGAUGUUGCCGUGGUGGUGGCUUGUUACACUUGUCAUCAACUACGUGGGCGAACUCAGGGUGCUGGUGCUAUGGGGUGACGUGCCUUCCCAUCCACUCACUUUACCAUGGCGGGCUGUCAGCAGUGGCACUUGCUCAAGUGUUUUUAAAAGAAAUACCAAAAUGGAUGGUUAUUCUGAAGACGGCCGGGGGAAACUGGGGCGGCUGGGCUGUGGGUGGGACAGAGAGAGGACUGUGAGAGCCCCGUCACCCCUGCCUUCCUGAGAAGCCACGACCACGGCCUUUUCCCAGGCUGGGAGGGCGAGGCGCUCCGUAGAGCGGCCUUGGCCAGGCCGAUGGCGCGAGGACAGCAGGUAGGCCGGGCUGGGAGGGCGCAGGCACUCCUCCGGUGGCGGCUGCUGCGCAGUCCCUGGUAAAACAGUGGUACAAUGACCGGCACCGGGUAAGCCCCAUGGAGGCCUGCGUACCUGCCGAGACCCCCAAGCCAUCCCGCAGCCCUGCCCGUGGUGCUCAGGGCUGACUCCGGGAGGCAGCUUCCCGUGAAAGGGCGGCUCUGGACUGAUCAGCUCUGCCGAACCGGCUCACGGCCCUGGCUCUGUGUGGACCCCAUCUGCCCUCUUGGGAUCUCAGAUCUGCAUCAGACCAUGGUUCGAGUCUCAGAUCUGGUGGCUUGAAACACGCUGGGCACAUAUGUGUGUAUACACAAGAUCUCGAGAGAUUGGAGAAGGGAUUGUGGUGUGGUCAUCCCCCCAGGGGGUACUUCACUUUCUCUCUCUCUCUCUGGUGAGCACACACACCUUGUAGCAAAAAUAAAAUAAAGUCAGGCAAGAGGUGGUCUCAGGUGAUCAGACGUGGUGCCUGGGUGUGUGCUCACCUUUCAACUCGGGGAUCUGGGAAAACCAGGUGCCCCCACGUCCCACCCGGUGUCCAUCUGCCAUGGCUGUCUUCCAGAGCUGAGGACCGGUCCUCCCCGGGGCCUCACCACCUCACCGCCAGCUGCACAAGCUUGCGCUGUCUGUCCAGGGCGUUUCGGCUGAGUUGUACUCCCCAUCAUGGCACGGGGACGCACCGGGGCCUGUAACUGGGCCGUGGGUGGACGCGUGCUGCCCGAGCCGGGCCGUCUGCACACGUGCACAUCCGUGCUGCCUGCUUCCACCUCACGGACGCUUGUAACCUGGGGAGUGGUGUGGGUGGGAGCUUAACCAGGACUUUUAAAAUUAAAGUUCACAUUCUAGUCCUGGGACGUCUGUCCUUUCCCGUCUCCUCACUUGUGUUUCAAGGCCCUAGAGAGAACUCAGUGAACUCUGGAAGGAAAAAGAGAAAGGAAGAAAAGAAGGGAGGAAGGAGGGCGGGAGGAAAUGAAGAGGCCGCCCCACGAAGGACCGGUGAGGGUGGGCGGAGGGUGGUCACAGGGCAGGCAGGAAAGGCAUGGGCGGCCGGCAGAGGACACUGAGACAGGCGGGGAGGACGGCGAGCGCAGGUGAGAGAUGAGCCCAGGCAGAGGAUGGCAAGCCCAGGUGGAGGAUGGGGAGCCCAGGCAGGGGACAAGCCCAGGCAGGUAAGACGGUGAGCCCAGGCUGGGGACAGGUAAGACGGCGAGCCCAGGCUGGGGACAGGUAAGACGGCGAGCCCAGGCUGGGGACAGGUAAGACGGCGAGCCCAGGCUGGGGACAGCGCG